AUGGUACGGUCGUACAUUUGCGAUGCAUUGGACUGGGAGAAGACCCGAGACAGGUACGACGCCGUCCUGUCACGACGACGAUGUACGAACCCUCGAGCUAAAUCUCCCCAGCGGAUCGACAAAACCCAGGAGCAGAAAAGGACGGAAGCGCAACGGAAGCCCGAAGAAUCGCAUAAUUCCGAGCCAGGUCCGACCGAACCCGUAGAGGUGGUUCCUCCCAAAGACAUUGCCGUUCUCACCAGCCUCGCCGGCGAAAAGUUUGCCCAAGACUUGGUGAAACUAUUCCAAGGCACCAUGGGCGAGAAUGACCAGGAAAUGACACAGGUCAAGUCCGGGCCGCUGGAUGACAAGUCGAAGCGCGGCCAAAUCCAUGGCGAGAUCCGUCGCAUCUUCCAGUCCAAGAUUGGAACCACCACCGACGACUCUGGUGCCAUCAUCGCCCUCAAGUCUUGGAAAAAGAAGAACAAGCGGAAACCAAGAGGUACGCGCGCCGAAACAGACGCAACGCCUGCGGGGGAAUAUCUCCACUUCACGCUCUACAAGGACAACCGCGACACCAUGGAUGCCGUCAACCAGAUAGCGCGCAUGCUUCGCGCGAGACCCCAAGCCGUCGGCUAUGCCGGAACCAAGGACCGACGGGCUUCGACCUCGCAGAGAUGUUCUGUUCGACACGCGAACAAGCGAGCCUUGGCGGGCACGAACGGAAAGAUAUGGGGCGUCGCGACCGGUAAUUACGAGUACCGUGAUGAACCCAUUCACCUCGGCCAGCUCCGGGGCAACGAGUUCGUCAUCACGCUCAAGAACUGCGCCAUCGUGGGCAACGGUGCAGAGAAUUCCGUCUCCGAGAGGCUCGAGACGAUGAAGGCAAAUGUUCAGAAGGCCAUGGAGCACAUGGCGGCCCAUGGUUGGAUAAACUACUUUGGCCAUCAGCGCUUCGGCACCCACCAAGUCGGCACCCACCAGAUCGGCCAGCUGAUACUAGCCGACAAGAUGGAGCAGGCCGUCUUGGCGGUCCUGAGCUACGACCCCGAGAUUGCCCAGAAGGCAGCGGACGGCCUAUUGCCCACAGAGGCGACGAAGAGGGACGAAUACCUCCGACACCAGGCCUGCAUGCUGUACAAGACGGGACAGGAUCCUGAAAAGGCAGUCAAGCUGAUCCCGCCCAGGUAUUCUGCCGAGACCUGCGUCCUUCGCCACUUGACGAGGCAGGGAAACGGAUCGCAAAAGGACCACUCCGGUGCGCUGGUGCACAUCACGAGAGGCCUUCGGUCCAUGUACCUCCACGCGUACCAGUCCUACGUCUGGAACCAUACAGCGAGCCGGCGGUGGCAACAACACGGCGGCACCGUCAUCAAGGGUGACCUCGUCAUCGCCGAAGCCGGGGCCGUACCGCCCGCCGGCGAGGAGAACCAGGACGAGGAUGACGAUGGCAUUGUCCAUCCCAUCGACGACGAAGACGAGGCCGCAGUACGCGCGAGGCCCUUGAGUGAGGAAGAAGCCUCAAGCGGUCGCUUUACGAUCCACGACGUCGUCCUACCCACCCCUGGGUACGACGUCAUAUACCCGGACAACGAAAUCGGCGAGUUUUACAAGGAAUUCAUGGGCCGCCACGAGAACGGUGGGUUAGACCCGACAAACAUGCGUCGCAGGCGUCGCGAGUUCAGCCUCCCCGGCCGCUAUCGCAAGCUCAUGAAUCGCUUCCUCGCCCCGCCGACCAUCAGCUUCAAGCUGUACUCGGAGGACACGGAACAGAUGCACCCCACGGACCUCGACAUUGUCAAGGCCACCACCAGGGGCAACGACAGCAAGCGCAAGCGCAGGGAUGACGAGGAGGGUGCCGAGGGCGUUUCUGGCAAGAGGGCCAAGGCCGAGGGCGCCACUGCAGAAGCGGUGGACGAGUGUGUCAAGGACGAGGCUGCACCGGUAGCCGAGGUCGGCGACGGCGGCGAGAGGGAGGCGCCUGAGCCUGAACCGACCAAGAUCGCCGCCAUCGUCAAGUUCCAGCUCGGAAGCAGUGCCUACGCCACGGUCACGCUGAGAGAACUCAUGGGUGAUGUUCCCGACGCUGACGGGACAUUGUCGGAAACAGCCGCGUGA